AUUUUAAAGCAAAGUUUGUGAUAUUUUUCUUAAAAAAUUAUUUAUGUACGUACUAAAAGGAUAUUUAUCAUCAAGAGGCAAUAUUGCAAUCAACCUAUCGAUUUAUUUAGAUCAUAAAAACCUAUAUUAUAAAGUAAAAUACGAUGGAUAAAAGUAACAAAAUAACUGAUGAAAAUAUUAUUACAAAUCAACAUGUUGACAAUGACAAUAACUCGUUUGAAACGGUUGAAAAUCACAACGCCUCAGAAAAAAAUGAUAACGAAAAAAGCUUGAUUGAAAAAAAUGAAGGAGAAGUUAAGAAAAAACUUGACACAGUUUCCUUUUUGUCAUUGUUCAAAUAUGCCGAUGGUUUUGACUAUCUACUCAUUUUUUUUGCUACUAUUGCAUCAUUUGGGAAUGGGUUAGCACAGCCUGCAUCAUUUAUUAUUUUUGGAAAAGUAAUUCAAGACUUUAUAAAGUUUGCUCAAAACACUGAUAAUAGCUUCAAUAUAUUAGAUUCAAUGAAAAAAUUGGCUAUUUUUUAUUGUAUUUUAGCAGCUGCUAUGUUUGUUUGUUCUUUUUUUCAAGCAGCAUUUUGGUCACUUUCUGCUGCUCGUCAAGUUCAUAAAAUUCGUAUAAAGUUUUAUAAAUCAAUUCUACAGCAAGAUGUUGGUUGGUUUGAUGUCAAUGAUCCUGGAACUUUGACUACAAGACUUUCUGAUGAUCUUGUUAAAAUUCAAUCAGGCAUUGGUGAUAAAGUUGGAAUGAUUUUGCAAGCAACUGCUAUGUUUUUUGGUGGUUUUGGUGUUGGAUUUUUUUAUAGUUGGAAGUUAACUCUUGUUAUUAUGGCUGCUUCACCAGUUCUAAUGAUUUGUGGUGCUAUAACUGGGAAAGCUAUGGGAAGUCUUACUGUAAGAGAGCAAUCAGCGUAUGCUGAUGCAGGUUCAAUUGCAGAGGAGGUGAUAAGUUCUAUAAGAACUGUUGUUGCUUUUGGUGGUGAACAGGAAGAAAUAAAAAGGUACAAUGAAAAACUAAGUGGAGCUCAAAAAGCUGGUAUUAAAAAGUCAGCUUUGGUUGGAGCAUCUAUUGGAUUGUUUCAUAUUUGUAUUUUUGGGUGCUAUGGAUUGGCAUUUUGGUAUGGAGCAAAAUUAGUUUCAAGUGGUGAAAUUAGUCCUGGUGAUUUGAUGACCGUUUUUUUCUGUGUAAUGGUUGGUGCGACAAGUAUAGGACAAGGAGCUCCAAACUUUGAAGCUAUUGCAAGUGCAAAAGGAGCAGCUUAUGUUGUAUUCCAAAUAUGUGUCAGGGAGCCAGCUAUUAAUUGUUUAUCAGAUGAAGGUAAAAUAAUGGAAACAACCAGUGGAGAAAUCUUAUUGUCAAAUGUUCAAUUUAGUUAUCCGUCUAGACCAGAGAUACCAAUUUUUGAUGGUUUGGACUUAGUCAUUAAACCAGGAUCAACUGUUGCCCUUGUUGGAGAAUCUGGGUCUGGCAAAAGCACCAUUGUUAAACUUAUUCAACGAUUUUAUGAUGUUGUUGAUGGUUCUAUUAAACUUGAUGGUGUAAACAUAAAAGAAUUUAAUUUAAAAAGUCUCCGAUCAAACAUAGGUGUAGUGAGCCAAGAACCUGUUUUAUUUGACAUGUCUAUUGCUGAAAACAUACGUUUAGGUGCAAUAAAUGAUGCUUCAGAUUUAGAUGUUGUAAAUGCUGCAAAAUGUGCUAAUGCUCAUGAAUUUAUUUCCUCUUUACCUCAGGGUUAUCAUACAAGAGUUGGUGAAAUGGGAGCUCAGUUAUCCGGAGGUCAAAAACAAAGGAUUGCUAUUGCUCGAGCAUUAAUUAGAAAUCCAAAAGUAUUGUUGUUUGACGAAGCAACAUCAGCUUUAGAUUCAGAGAGUGAAAAAAUUGUGCAGGAAGCUUUAGACAAGGUAAGACAAGGAAGGACAACAAUAGUUGUAGCCCAUCGUCUCUCAACAAUAAAAAAUGUUGAUGUCAUUAUUGUUGUUAAAGAUGGUAAAGUUGCAGAAUCAGGAACACAUAAAGAGUUGUUGUCUAAUAAAGGUCUUUAUUACCAAUUAGUUUUACUUCAGAGAGCUUUAGAAGCAGAUGAUUUAAACACUUUAGAUGAUACAUGUGAAGAAAAAAAUGAAGAUGGUUUCAUAGAAUAUUUGCCAGUAGACUCAAACAUACAGGAAUUAGAGAAAAAGGAAGUAAUCAAAGUUCAAAAGCAAGUAUCACGUUCACUUUCAGUUGUGGAAAAAUCAACAGAGUUUGGUAAACAAAAAGAAAAAACUGGUCAAGAAAAAACUGAGCCAGCACCUUUUAGUCGUGUUAUUAAACUAAAUGCUAGCGAAUGGCCAUAUCUUCUUUUUGGAACUAUUUUUGCAUUAAUAGUUGGUGCAUUUCCUGUCUUGUUUGCAUUGAUAAUAAGCGAGCUAAUUAAUGUGUUUUCGAAACCUCCUGAUGUUAUUCGAAAAGAAUCAGUAAAGUGGUCACUUUAUUUUUUAGGAUUGGGGGUUGUAGAUUGCAUAGGAUUAUUUUUUUCAAGCUUUCUUUUUGGAAUUGCAGGUGAAAUUCUAACACGAAGGUUGAGAAAAGAAGCUUUUACUGCUAUACUUCGACAGGAUAUUUCAUUUUUUGAUGACCCAAUGAACUCAACAGGUGCUUUGACAGCAAGACUUAAUUCAGAUGCAUCUGCAGUAAAAGGGGCAACAUCAUCACGACUUAACAUUUUGACACAGUCAAUUUUUAUGGGAGUUACAUCACUUGCUGUAUCAUUUUACUUCAGUUGGAAACUAACCCUUUUAUUACUUGCUUUUGCCCCGAUUCUUUUAAUUGCUGGUGCUGCACAUAUGAAAAUAUUUUCAAAUUUUGCAUUGGAACAAGGAAAACAUUUAGUUGAUGCAUGUGCCUCUGCACAAGAAGCUAUUAUGAACAUAAGAACUGUUGCUUCAUUGGGAAAAGAAGUUUAUUUUAUUGACGAUUUUGUAAAAAAACUUUCAGGGCCAUUCAGGAAAUCAGUUUACAAUUCAUUAGCAUUUGGGGUGUCAUUUGGUUUAUCCGGUUCAAUAAUGAUGUUAGCAAAUGCUGCUGCAUUCACUCUUGGUGGAAAGCUUGUUCAAGACCAUGAAUUGGAAUUUUCAAAUAUGUUUAAAGUUGUUUUUGCAGUUGUAUUUGGCGCUCUUAUAGCAGGACAAAUUUCGUCAAUGGCUCCAAACUAUAUGGAAGCAAAAAUUUCUGCUGCUCGUAUGUUUAAGCUUCUUGAUAAAAUUCCAAUGAUUGAUUCAUUUAGUUCUUGUGGUAAAAUCUUGGAUUCUGCUAAAGGAGAGGUUGUCUUCGAUAAUGUUUGUUUUAGUUAUCCUUCUCGCCCUGACGCAAAUGUAUUGAAUAAUUUUUCUUUUAAAAUUGAAUUUGGUAAAAAAGUGGCUUUAGUUGGUUCAUCAGGUUGUGGUAAAAGCACUUGCAUUAGUCUUCUUGAAAGAUUUUAUGAUCCCCAAAAUGGUGUAAUCAAAUUUGACGAUGUUGACAUUAAAGAUUUAAACAUGAAAUGGAUGCGUUCAUGCCUAGGGCUUGUAUCUCAAGAGCCUGUGUUGUUUGCCAGAAGCAUUAAGGAAAAUAUUUCUUAUGGCUUAGAAAAUGAUGUUAGCAUGGAAGACAUAGAGCAGGCUGCAAAAAAAGCCAACAUUCAUGGAUUUGUGAUGAGUUUACCCAAAGGUUACGAUACAGAGGUUGGUGAUAAAGGUACACUAAUAUCUGGCGGACAAAAGCAAAGAAUUGCUAUUGCCCGUGCAUUGAUUCGAAAUCCUAAAAUUAUGUUGCUCGAUGAAGCUACUUCUGCUCUGGAUUCUGAAAGUGAAAAGAUUGUUCAAGAAGCGUUAGAUGCAGCAAUGGAAAAUCGUAGUUCGAUUGUUAUUGCUCAUAGACUCUCUACUAUUCAAAAUGCUGAUGUAAUUAUUGUUAUGCAAAAUGGACGAAUUGUAGAAGUUGGUACUCAUUCUGAUCUUAUUGUUCGCAGAGGUGUUUACUACCAGUUAAACCAAGCUCAACUUUAACCACGCCUUUUAAUCGGCCCUUGUAAGGCCAGAUUUUCAAGGAAAUUUUUUAUAAAUUUACAUGUUUUUCUAAAAUACUUGUAAAUAUGAGCCAUUGAAUAUUUGUUUGUUUAAUUUUUAACUAAUAUGAAAUAUUUUUAAUGCGUAAUAUAUUUUGAGUUAAUAUAUUUGUCUUUUGUGAAAUUAUGAGAAA